CCUCAAACUUAUAUGUCAAAAUCUUACACUCAAAAUAAAAAAGAUCACCGAUCAUCUGAUUUCUCUAUUAGAUAGGAUUAUGCCGCUUGGAAAGUUCGGAAAAAUAACACUCUCGUGGUAAUUAGUUACACAUCACCUCUUUUUCCAAUUCCAGAAAUAACAAUAGUCCAGUGGGUAGCUGUAACUAUAACUAGUCUGUCUCUGUUUGUGUUGGCCAAGAAAAACGUAGAUGGGCAUCGCGUGGAGAAUAUGAAAGCUCGUGAACGCAUGCGCAGAUCCAACCAGGGAGAGUACGAGGACUCAUAUAGGAAGUAGUGAGUGUGCAGUUGAACAGUAAAUUCAUACUAACGUAAGUGAUAACGCAGCAAAAUGGCCAUGCCACAAUUGGAUCCUGCAAAGUUGCAGCUAGUCCAGGAGCUAGAGAUUGAGAUGAUGUCCGACAUGUACAACAGACUCGUGAGCGCGUGCCACCGCAAGUGUAUCCCUGUCAAAUACCAUGAGGCUGAACUUGGUAAAGGCGAAUCAGUCUGCCUAGACCGCUGCGUAGCCAAGUACCUAGAUGUCCAUGAGCGAAUAGGAAAGAAACUAUCCAAUAUGUCGCAAGGCGAGGCAGAGGAUUUGACAAAGAUUAACCUGCAAGAAAAGAAAUAGUAGACGCGUGGUAACUUGCCAUGAAUUGUUAAUUUAUUGUUAUAAAACAUAACUUCAGUCAAAACCAAUUUGCAAUAAUGGUUCGGCCCCACUAUAUAGAUUUAAUAUAAGCGUGGAUAUUUUUUUUUAAAUCCUGCGGGAACUGUUUUUAUAUAUAUACUGGUAUAUCUAAUAUACCACAUAGUGUUGUGUAGUGGAGCCAUACCAUAAGUAGGUACCUACAAUAAAGAAGGAAGCCAUUCUCAUUGAUUAUAUUAAAAAAAUUACUAUGCAAAUAGGGUAGUUUGCGAUUUUAGUGUUGAUUAUUAUUUAAUACAAUUUUUUUUAAACUAACUGAAAAAAGAAUAAUGGGUUAGACUUUAUGAUCUUAUAAACGGUGUAAUUUUAAAAGCUAAUAAAUUCACUAGUGGCAGGCUAAUUGUUUAUAUUAAACGACCACUUGUGGCAGUCUAGACACUUCCUAUUUUAAAUGAAAGCGUGAAGUAGGGAGUGAUAAUAUCUUGCCAUCUCGCUCGCUCCUACUGAUCCACGGCUUACGCCAUGGCUCGUGCAUCCCUUUUGUCAUUUACCAUUCUCAUUCUGAAAGACUGAUGAUGAUCAAGAUGACAAAAGGACUUCGCUGUGUUGGUGUUAGCUGACGGGCGUGUUUUGCCUUUUUGGAGUGUUUUUUUUGUUAAAACUGACUGGAAAGCGCUCUAAGGGGGUGCCGUGCGUGUGUCGGUGAGCGCCGGCACAGACGGGGUCCAUACUUGUAUAGUUUAACUAACUUGUUACAAAUAAGUACAAACUUGACACUUGACUUGACAUUGGCUAAUCUUUGUAAAGCCAGAGGAGAGAUAAAAAAAAGAUGACAAAAUUCUAGGUUAUUUUCAAACAAUAAAAACAAUUCAUAGCAAGUUUAGACUAGUGCUUGUUGUUGACUUUUGCUUGAAUGUUUAUAAGUACAAUAAACGUGAACAAUGUUACAAUUAUUAUAAUUUCAAACUGAAUGUACUGUGUACAUUUAUUUUUGUAUCUGUUACACGUAGACGACCGCUUUUAGUCUGAGAUAGAUUUUUAUCUGGUGGUUUUUUAAAGGCUUAUUUGCGCGUUUUGUAUCUACAGAGUUCGAAAUACAUUUAUAGAAAUGGUAUAUGCUCUUUGAUAACGGGACAGUGUCACCGAAUUAUAGUUACAGAUACAGAUGUUUAAUAAAACACAUCUCUCCCAUCUAAAGCAAGGGAAAUUAAACAAUAACGCUACAGAAAUACGUGUGUUUUUUCAAUAACACACACUAAAUACUCCUUUACCAUUUCCAUACCGACUUCGAUUUCAAUUCUGUGGUUCCACCCUUCUCUACGUCUGAUAUUUUUAAGGAUUUUUUUGAAAAAUAACUUCGUUAAAGUACUUAUAAAAGUCCUGUUUUAUUUUAUUUUAUCGGUCGUUUGCGAUAGGCGUUACAAAAAAUUGUUUGCAAGUUAUGAACCAAAAUAAUAGGUUUUUUGUUGAAAUUUAUGCAUUUUUAGUUAGACUAGACUAUAUUGUUUUAAUUUAGUGUUGAUUAUAUUAGUAUAGACAAAUAAAACUAUGAAAACAAUAUUAUACUACAUUUAAUUUCAUAAAAAUACUAAUUUAAUAACUACUAAACUAAAUAGUUAGUGGGGUAACAACUAACAAUAGUAUUUAAGGACCCUAAAAAUUACUUUAAGCACCAUUUGACCCAAAAAUCAAGAAGUUUAACUUUAUAGUAAGUAGUAUUUGUAUAUUUGUAUUACAUAAUUGUGCAAAAAAAUUACAAUAUUAACAAUAAUAUUUGGGUCCCUAAAUCCUAACAUCUUGUCAUUUUGCGAACCUAUUUCUAAGAAGUGUUUGAGUUUAAAUUGC